UUCCAGAAGGUCGUCAGGACCCUGGUAGCCGGUAACUCGACUUUUGGAAAUGCAGAAAACGACCUACUACGACAACUCAACACUUUUUGGAGGUUAUUCGUACCAGGGGGCAAACGGUUUUGGCUAUGAUGCCCCGGCACCAGCCUUCCAGAGCUCAGCGCAUCUUGAGGGUGACUACCAAAGCUCUGCAUGCUCCCUACAGUCGCUCGGCACCAGUGCACCCCCACAGCCUCAGCAUGGCAAGACGAAAGAGCUUAACGGCAGCUGCAUGCGGCCCAGCCUGCCACCUGAACACCACCCAACCCCCCAGGUUUCCCCACCUCAGAACCCUAUAAAUGUUGCUGCAUCUAAUGCUACCCAGCAGCCAGGUGGUAGCAGCAAUGGUGGUGGGGCUGGCAGUGGGGGAACAGCCAAACCAUCAUCCAAGUCAUCCUCUCUAGCCCCAAACCCAGCCCUCACCAAGCAAAUCUUUCCUUGGAUGAAGGAGUCACGUCAGAACACCAAGCAAAAAAACAGCUCCCCCAAUGCAAGCUCUGUUAACGCGGAGAGCAGCGGUGGUGAGAAAAGCCCUCCGGGUUCUGCAGCUUCAAAGAGAGCACGCACGGCUUACACCAGCGCACAGCUGGUGGAGCUCGAGAAGGAGUUUCACUUCAACCGAUACCUGUGCCGGCCACGGCGUGUGGAGAUGGCCAAUCUGCUCAACCUUAGUGAGCGGCAGAUCAAGAUUUGGUUCCAGAACAGGCGGAUGAAGUACAAAAAAGAUCAAAAGUCAAAAGGCAUGGGCUCAUCUUCAGGUGGGCCAUCCCCCACAGGAAGUCCCCCCCUUCCGAUGCAGUCUUCAGCUAGUUUCAUGAACUCCAUGCAUUCGAUGGGCAGUUAUGAUGCUCCAUCCCCGCCAUCUUUCAACAAGCCCCAUCAAAAUGCAUAUGCCAUGUCAACAGCCUAUCAGAACCCAAUGAAGGGUUGCCCACCACAACAAAAGUAUGGAAACACUGCUCCGGAUUAUGAUCCACAUGGGCUACAGAGUAACAGUGGCACCUAUGGGACACCAAACAUGCAGGGUAGCCCUGUGUAUGUAGGAGGCAGCUAUGUUGAUGCCAUGCCUGCCACUGGGCCAUCUAUGUAUGGCCUCAAUCACCUACCACACCACCAGUCGGCUAGCAUGGACUACAAUGGAGCCACACAGAUGUCUGCGAACCAGCACCAUGGACCGUGUGACCCACAUCCGACAUACACGGAUCUGUCUGCGCACCAUCCUUCUCAGGGUAGAAUCCAAGAAGCACCCAAGUUGACUCAUCUGUAGCAGGUUUGGACAUAAAAAAAAAAGAAAGAAAAAUUAAAGGAAGACAAACAAAACCGACUAACCCAUGGGGCGAUGCAAUGGGGUUGAAUAAGAUGAUCCAGUGGUUUCUUGCCAUAACUAGAAGACCAAUUUUUGUCAAUGUUGUCCUUUCUUUCAUAUGUGAACCUACCAAUUUUACACGAAUUUAGAAUCCAUAGGUCUAAAUACCCCUUUAAAGUGAAAAACUUCAUGAUACUUGCAUAAAAAUGGCUAGUUUAUGCCAAGGAAUAGAUUUUCUAGCUGUAUGACCUCAUUACAUCAUUGUAAACGUUUUUGUAUUUCUUCAGCAUUGUUGCUGCAUUUUUCACACUUAGGUCCUUUAAAGGCCGGUACGGUAUAGCCUACAUUUAAAGUUACUGCAGGUGCAAGAAAACCACUGGAUUGUUUUCGUCCACUACCCUUAUUUUACAUACCUCUUUUUAAAUGUCUAACUAAACAGUCAGUCUCCUAUGAACUUGUUCGCCAAACAACAGCAAACUGUGCCUUGUCUUUAGCAAGACACAGUGAUCAAGAUAUUCACCUCUUUAUCUGUUUUAAAGGGUUCAAUUCAGUUCAAAAUAUGCUCACGACCCCUAUUAUUUAUAAGUACGUAUAAAUUUGUAAUGGCUUUGAAACAGGGUAAAAAAUAUAAAAAAUAGUUGAGAAUUCUAGUAAAUUCAAUCCCCUCCCCCUCCCUCUCCCUCUCCUCCUCCUCAUACUCUUUUCCCAGUUCUCUAUCCUUCCCAAGCUUUGGGUUCGCCUACAAUAGUCUAAACUAAUACGGAAGGCCCAUAUUUUAUCAUGUCUUGACUUAACGUGGAAACAGGGUAUAUCUGAACAAAAAUGCAUGUCCGGGAAACCGAGCUACGGCGCAGUUUACGCCUAAUACGCUCUCGUCUGGGCAUCAUUGUUGCACUUAGUUUACAUUUAAUGGGUGAGGAAGAAAAGUAAAUCUUAUUUUGAAUCGGAAGGCCUUCAAUCAGCGUCUUUCGCUAAGUGUGUUCAAGUGAACAUUCAUAAAUAUAUAUUUAUUUGUUAUAGCCAGUUUAAAUACUUUCUUUUUUGUAUUAUUUAUCCCCAUGUAUUUAUAUCGAUAAAAUGUACUUUUUUUAGUAUCUACCUGUUAUAAAAAGACGUUGUGUUCUUGUCAUUGUAACAAAUUAAUUUUUAGUUCUUGUAUUUUAGAGAUAUGUAGGUUUAUGUUACCCUUGUAUAAAUAAUGUCUUGACUUGUACAGGGGGCGCAAGAACGGAAUCAAACCGUUCCUGCAUAGUCGAGAAUUAGCGAAUAUAGCGAAACAUUUUGAGAACUUAAUUUGUCCUUUGUAACUACUUUUAUUUCCUUGUUAAGAGUUGGUUGUUGAACAAUUCUUUAAUAAAAUGUUAUGUUAUUCAUUUUCACUCUAGAGAUUCAUGAGUUUACCGAGGUUGUGGGGGUGGGGCAUGGCUGAGCCUGCAAUGGUCACAUGGUGCGAGUCCAAUAGAAUUGCUGAACACCAUUUACUGUUUAUAAGAUUAAAAUAUAUGAUUACAAAUAAUUCCAAGAAUAAAGCGGAAAGUAAAAUAUGACAUAUACAUAUUUUUGUUAGAUCUCGAUAGAUAUGGUUUCAGAUUUGGUUAUGAGCAACUCUAAACGAAUGAUUUAUAAACAACAGAGAAGUUACAUGUGGACCCGUGUUUAUUCAUAACAACAAUAAUAACAACAUCAUAUCAAAUUGUAAGAAAAAAAACAACAAAAAACAAAAACGAUACAACUAAUUUUCCAUUCUAUACAAAACAGUUUGCAAUUACGGUCUCAGUAGCAUAUGUGAAUCUUGUAUCGAAUUAAACAUUACAAUCUGUUAACAUAUAUACUGCCUUGAUGUUUCUAAAUAGCCCAUGCAAAAACACUAGCGUUAUCAUCACAGAGAGACCUCACUAAGCAAGCUUGCUUAUUGCUGUACAAACAAAAUACAGUGAAAAAUCUCAUCAUAUCCGGAUGCAGUGUACAAACAUGAGGUAUCACACAGUCUAAUGUUGUAACAAUGUUUCAUGCAUUCCUGGAAGCCUUACUUUUAGAUAUUAGAUACAUUAUUAGAUAGAUAGAUAGAUAGAUAGAUAGAUAGAUAGAUAGAUAGAUAGAUAGAUAGAUCUUAAAAAAUAAUUAAAACCGCUGUCCUCGGAUAAUACACAUCCCUUUGUUAUGUCCCAGAACAUCAUCAUUAUUAUUUUCUAGUGAAAAACAUCCAGAUGCAAAAAUAAAAAUAAAAUCACUUGUUCAUCAAUUGUUCAUGUAAGCACUGUGCGAAAUAUAAACACAUAAAAACACUCAAACAAGAAAUAAAAAGAGAGAUUAUCAUUGCGUCCAUGUCUCUCGCAGUCAACUCUGUUCUGAAGUAGAGAAGGGCCUUGCAGAUUGACCUUUUCCCGAAGUGCCCACGGCCUACAGCGUGCUUUGUAUUUGCCUUAUAAUGCCAAGACACCCACACAUGGUUAUAGCUGUUUCCACAUUCUUUUAGGCAAAAAAAAAAAAAAAAAAAAAAAGACAAAACGGAGCUCGUGUUUUACAAAUCCGAACUAAUGUUGUGAAGUUUAUUACAGCGUGCCAGCUGCAACACAGUUUAGUGUUAACCUCUGUUGUGCAUAAUCCUAUCAAUACGACGCGCCAAUAGAAUGUAUCCAUUGCUGUAAAACUUAAUUCUGGAAAAAUCCACAAAUCUGCAGAAUAAUGGGGGUUUUCUUUGUUGUGAUCUUGAAGGAAAAAAGACGAAUUCUUGAGGGUGGCUGCUGUCAAGCGCUUUGCCGGCGAAAAGAUUGAUCACCCUUGCUGCCUCUCCACUCCUGCUCUAAAAAUAUCUACCCCCUUUUCCUAUUCGUUUUCAACUUUGACGCAACCAAUUUAGUCCAGUUUUUCAUCAACUAAAAUUAUAUUCUUGGUUACUUCGUCCAAUCAGCAAAAGAUAUGCAUUUAUAAAUGAACACACGGAAUUGGUGAGAAUUUCCAUUCGUAAACGUGACCUCACAAGUCACGAUUAACUUUGGCUAUUCAUACAUUUUUAACAAACUAAGCGUUUCUCUCUCUCUCUCUCUCUCUCUCUCUCUCUCUCUCUCUCUCUCUCUCUCUCACUCACACACACACACACACACACACAAGCGCGCGUACACACACACAACUCUUAUUCGUACUGUUUAAAUUCAUCUAUAGCCUUGUUAAGCUUGAAAAUAAGUAAAAUAUUCGUCCAAAUAGAAUAAUUGUCUAACCUGAAUUUUACUGCAAAUAUUCGUGCGUUAAGGUCCUGUGGUUUCAGAAAUCCUUCAGAGGCUGAGUAACAAUCUAAUUCAAGGUAAACCCCUCAAAAAAAAAAAAAAAAUAAAAUAAAAAAAAAAAAAAAAAAAAA